UUUCUAAACGUUGGCUUUUCUAAACGUUGGAAAGUUGGCGGAAAUUAGGAGGAAAGGGAAACUGGACGUAGGGGUGGUGGUAGGCAUUAAUCAUCCUAGGUUUUUCGGCCUACGUGACCAACUUUCCCUUACGAAUGUCCGCUUUUGUUAACGCUUUGGUAAGAGAGAGACGGACUAUGGGCUGGAAAAGGACCCCGCUGCGUACGCUAGGGGUAUAUAUAGACGGAAAGGAGCGUUCGUGGAUCAUUCGUUGACUAGCAUCGACGGUGAUACAUCACUACUACCCUACCCUUCAACACGGCCAACUUCCGACUCACCUGCGAAUCCCAGAACUUCAUCGACGCUUUUCUAAUUAUAUUCUACAUAUAUACAUACGUAUAUAUAUACACUCGAUUGAACAUGGCAUCGAUCGAAUCUACAACGAACGGCCGCCGCCUAUUCAUGUCCAACGUGUCGCCGUACACGAGCAAAAGGAGAUUGUUGGACAUGCUGAGGCCGUACAACGCGACGAACCUCGUUAUACUGAGGAAAUACGCGGACAACAAUCAAGCGUUCGUCACGUUCAAGACGAGGGAGGACGCCGCCAACGUGUUGAAAUUGUCGCAGGAGGAAGGAUUUUUCUGCGAUCUAAGACGGUUGAGAAUAUUCGCAGCGCGUCCGAGGAGAAGCCGGGCCGAGGAAAAGGGCGGGAAUUAUUCGGUCGAGUUGGCGCCCGACUGCGUGGCCAACAUCGCCCGGUAUCUGCCGUACGCCGACAGGGCGCGCCUCGAGAUGGUCUCGAGCUCUUGGAGGCAGGGUAGCCAACUGUCGCAUCGCGUGGUGCGCCAUCUCGAGUUCGAGGAUUGGCGUUGGCCCGAGGCCGAGUACGUGACGACGAGCUUUCUCGAUUGGUUGGUGAGACGGCAGGGCGAUAACCUUGCGAGCGUGGUGAUAAACGAGCAAUGGUCGAAAAAUUUAACCUCUCGAAUCGUGUCUGCCAUCGGUUGGAAUUGUUCCCAAUUGACCAUGAUCGAUUUCACGGGGAUAAGGAUACGUCCUUCCUCCCUGAGAACGUUCCGAUCGAUGGGCGAUCAAUUGAAACAUCUGAGUUUGGGUAUGAGCGACGGUCCCAUCGACGCAGAGCUUGGAAAGAUAUUCGACCAGUCGGUCAAUCUGGAAUACUUUCGCGCCGAUGGGACGGAUAUUUACGGAAAAUGUCUCACUCACUUACACCCUUACUUGGAAACGUUGAUACUGAGAAAUUGUUCUCACUUAGAGUCGCGGCUCGCUUCAAUCACGUUGUCGAACAUGAAGAGGUUACAACAUCUCGAGAUAAUAUACUGUCCCAAACUCCGAGAUACCAGUAUUUUGUACACCCUCAUCGACACCGAUAUCAGUUUAUUCAGGACCCUGUCUUUAGUGAAAUUUCACCAUUGCUCGUUUAUAGAACCGAAGAAAGAGAUUGGGCAGGUGCUGGUCCAAAGGCUGAGAGAGAAGUCAAUACCGAAAUUGUAUCGGGAGUUGAGCCGAUUGAGCGUCGCCUAUUGCGUGUGGGUGAAUUACGAUUUCGUCACGGACGUCGGCCGAUACAUGAAGAAUCUCAGCUACUUGAAUCUGAGCGGUUGCAAGAGCAUAAGGGACGAAUGCUUGGAACCGCUCGGAAAUUUGGACCAGCUCGAGAUAUUGGAAAUAAACUGCAUGCAUCCCUCGGUCUCCGUCCUCUUCCUGCAAUCGUUGGAAUCGUUGACGGAGCUCCAUUGCAGGAAGAACGUCGGAAUCACCGACGAGGAUAUAUGCGGGGUCCUGAAUAACUGUUCCCAGAUAGCAAUCAUCGACGUCGAGGGUUGCUAUCACGUAGGGAUUCUCAGUUUGAAGCGAGCCGCGAGAAUGGCGAAAAUUCGGAAAAAACUCAUCCAGAUGUACGUUGCCGGUACCAGGAUCAAAGAAUCGAUGGAAUACGAGAGAACCGAGUAUUUGCAAGUCAUUUACAAGCACAAAUACUUUUGAAUAGAUUAUAGUAUUUGUAUUGUGUACAUAGAAAAUUUAUAGAGAAAAUUUCAAAAAUUGUACAUACAAAUUUUAAAAGACUGACUUUAAACAUUUUUUAAUUUAUAUUUAAUCUUUUUUUAACUUUUCAUUGUAUGUUUGUUUGUAUUGUAAGAAUACAAAGAUUGUACAUAUGGAAUUGUUUGUAAAAUUGUACAUACAAGAAUUUUAGAAGACUGAU